GAAGGAGAAAGAAGAGGAAAGCAGGAGGGCGACGUUCUUUUCAAGGCGGUUGCAUUACAAACGGCCCGUGGUGCUUCGGGAGGAGCUUGGACGAAAGGCCAGUAGCACCAACAGGCGGGACCCAAAGCCACACGAGUACCAUGGUUCUUAAGGCCGAAAGCGUGAGGUCUGCGGCGAUUAGAGCACCCAGAAAGGCAUCAUCGGAAAGGUCGCCAGGCCAGGUACUAACAAGCAGCCGCAUAGUUCCACGCGGUCAACCGCCACCAACUUCGAGCAGCUCUGUUGACAAGACUGUUCCUACACUUCGAUUGGCGAGAACACCGGGGCACAGUGGAACUGACAGGCGGGCUGCGUGCACCAAAUUGUCGGGCCACAACCAGUUCUCGCGUCAGACUUUCACUCAUGCGGAUGUCCUCGUGUUCAUUGGAAUCGGCUGCCUGCUGCUCGUGCUGCUCUGCUUCGGAGCCGUCGCUUUCACCUGGAUUAAGCGCGGCUCGCCUUUCCGAUACAACGUAAACGAGGUUGCUGCCGUCUGCGCGUCAGAAGGCUGCAUCCGCCACGCCCGCCUCAUCGCGGCCAAGGUGAACGUGAGCAUGGAUCCAUGCGAAGAUUUCGAAGCUUUCGCCUGUUCCAGGUGGACUGCUGCGACGGAACACUACGACUACGCCUCGGCCGUCAGUUCGGCGCUCGCAGGACACUGGUUUGACGACUUCCGCGCGUCCAUGGUGGCUGGUGCACUGCAGAUUCCUACAGGUCGAAGGGUCAUUGCAGCCUUGGACUUGUGCACCGCUGAAAGCACUUCCAAAGGCUUCGCCGAAGGCCUCAAGGUUCUAAAGGCCUUCAUGAGCAGGCUAAGAAUAUCCUGGCCGGAAGAAUCUUUUCCGACGGCGAAUCCUUUGGGCGUACUUCUCGACAUGGCAUACAACUGGCAUUUGGGUCUCUGGUUCGAAGCUGCUUCCGUGCACAACAGCACAAACAAUGGAGAACGCCGACCCCUCAUAUUCCUUUCACCGGGCACAUUCGUGAUAUUCUGGUACCCAUACCAAAGGAGUGUCAGUGCUCUAAACUACGAGGACUACUGGAACCAUUUCUACAGAAUGAUAGCACCAGAUCAACCUCAGUUGACCACAGAGGAAAUAGCCCGAAUUGCGUCUGUCGAGAAUGGCGUCUUUAGCGAGCUGAUUGCGGUUUUGAAUUCAACCAUCAAGGAACCUGCAGAAGUGUCCCUCGCAGACAUGGAACGAUUUACAAACACUGUGUCGCCGAACCAAUGGAUCGUGGAAUUGAACAAGGCAAUAAGGCCAAGUGAUUUACUCACAACAGCGAGCACACUAGUUGUCUCUGAUGUGGCGCUGCUGCGUACGAUUGAUAACCUCUUCUCGCGGUACACGAGGAGAGAACUUCUACGGCACAUCUCCUGGUUUUUCAUUCAAGUGUUCGCCGGCCUCGCAGACCGACGCCUGCUAGUUUCUAAGGUUGGGCACGAAAAAAGGGCCUGGCUCUACAGGCACAUAUUUUGCGCCACGGAAGUGGAGGCGGCGUUCAAAGCUCUCGUCGUAGCGCUUCAUCUUGUCCCUCGUUUUGCCAAACCCAUGCGGCAAGAAAUCAACGACCAGCUCUCCGAAGUCGUCACCAGUGCUAUCCACCAAAUUUCCAAUGUGUCCUGGGCUGACAAAUUGUCGAAGAGGGCCGCCGUCCGUAAGUUACAGUCUAUCAAGACGCUUUUGUGGCUGCCGGACAGCUUGCUGACAGAAGACGCUCUCUCUGUUAUGUACAGCAACUUUUCCCUCAACGAGAGCUCCUUCAUUGCGUACUUUUUAAACGCGUACGAAAACUCAGGCAAACUGAUCAAGCGGGACGUGUACGCCGAGGCACUCUCGCUGCCGCUUAACUUUGUGCUGCCUUUCGUGAACUACGACUACAUAACGAACGCCGUGUCUAUCGCCAUGGCUGCGCUGUCGGCGCCUCUAUACGCAGCGAACGCUACUGCCGCCAUGUUUUACGGUGGCCUGGGCUUCUCCUACGCCAUGGCCGUUGUGCGUGCCCUGGACGACACAGGCCUCAGGGUAGAUCCGCAGGGCCGUGUCCUCAACUCCGAUGAUUCGUGGGUCUCCGUACAGUGGAAAGAUGCGGUGGCUGCCAAGACUUCCUGCCUGGGGGUGCAAUCGCCGACUCUCUUUCCGGAAAUUCCCGCCGUAGAGGUAGCGUACGCGGCAUUCCAAUCUGCCCUGGCAAAAAAGGAUCGCCCAAUGCGGCUCGGAACCAACUUCACGGAAGAACAGGAGUUUUUUAUCACGGCCUGCUUCAGCCUUUGUCGUUUGCCCCAAACAGUUAUUGGAUCACUGGCCGGGAGCUGCAACAAGGCCGUUAUGCAUUCAGCCGCAUUCUCCGAAGCAUUCGGAUGCAAGAAUGGAAGAAACAUGAAUGCAUCCCGGAUGUGCUCGUAUUUUGACUGACAUUUCGAAAGCGUGUUCGAGUUUAAGAAAUCUUUUCGAAGAUA